CAAGCAUCGUACAAAAAGUCUCAAAACCGAACAAUGUGCUCGUCAUAAUUCAUUUAAGUUUCGAAACGAUUGAAAGUGUUUUAUUAGUUGAACGAUUAUUCGUCUUUUUUACGCUCUCGAAUAUUAUUUUUUUCAUUCUUUUCAAGUCACUUAAUUUUCCUUAUCAGAAAAUCUGAAGAGAGUGUUCUUUUUCUUGUCAGUCGUUUUUUUUUUUUGCUCGAUUUUGUAUUUGGUAACGAAGUGAAUAAUAGCAGUGAAAUAGUUAAAGAAGCAGGAAAAGUUUAUGAACUUUUUGCCGAAUCUUGAAAAGUUGCUGUUGCAUAAAGUAUACGCGGGGAGAAAGAGAGAGAAACAUAUAAAAAUGAUGAUGAAGUGGCAUAUUUUCGUAACCAUUAUUUUGAUUCAAUUAAAAACUUUUCAUUGUAACACCAUUGAAUUAAGUUCAUACAGUAAAGUUGCAAAAAAUGGCCAACCUAAUGUUCAACCACAAAAUAACACUGAUCAACAGCCACAAAUACACCGAGCACGCGAGGGUGUGAUUAAUAGUGAUUUAUGGUUACCAAAAACAUUCAAUGACACCGAAACGGAUAAAUCAACAGGCCGUUCGAUUGACGAUAAUCGCCCAUUCCCGUUUCCACUAAAAAACGUUGCCUAUUCUUCUUACAAUAAACCAUCAAAUCAUCGUUCAAACCAUGAACCACGGAUUAUUUAUGCUUCAUCACCAGUUCAACAGGUUGCACAAGACCGAUUUGUACCACACGAAACCACCGACCAUUUUCUCGAGAAAAACAACCGAAAUCGAGUGAAAUUUUCAUCAAAUAUUAAAGAAUCUGAUCGUGAAGGUCCUCAAGGCUCCACAUCUCAAGUAGAUGCAUCACUUAGUAAUUACAAGCCACCGUCAUUAGAACAAACGUAUGCCUUUCCACCGAAUUCGGGUGCAUUUUAUCCGCCUCCAUCAGCUAAAAAACCGAUAUCGGUCUCAAGCUAUCUACCACCGCCGGCAGGUCCAGCGAGUUAUCCGAUUUUUCCAGGACCGAUUUCAGCAAAACCAGUUUCAAUGUUACACACUCAAGUCGAUAAUUCCGGUUCUGUAGACAGCAUGACCACACCGAAUGAUAUGAGCGAUAUGAAUGAAAUGCCGAACAAAGAUGAUGUGAACAGCAGUAAUUCAGAUGGACCAUCGGAUGAUACAAAAUUAAUUGACAAACCUCCGGCUGAUUUUGUACCAAAUAAAAAACCCAGUUAUCCAUCAUUUCCAUUUUUGGAUCACCAUCCACAUGAUCAUGACCACGGGCAUGAGCACAUACACGACCAUCCACCACAAGAUUAUCACGACCAUGAACCGUAUUCACCAUAUGACGAUUCUCUGAAACACUUGCACGGAUUUGAAGCAUUUCCAGAAGUCAUAAUUGAUGAUCCACAUCAUCAUGAUUACUUCGAUGACCAUCAUGAUUUCCAUCAUCAUGAUGUGUUGCCACCGCCACCACCACCUCCACCACCAACAACGCAACCACCACCGCCACCAGAGCCUGAAGAACCCGAAGAACAGCCUCGAGUGAAGAAAUAUUCGUAUUUCUAUUUGUCACGCUCUUUGUGGUACAUUCCAUUGUACUUCACCGUUUGGUUCACUUUCUACGUCACUUGGCUCAUUUUGCAAAGUAUUGGACGUCAUAAGGUUGAUUUACCGAAUCAUUUGACUAAUCGGCGAAGCAUCAGAGAUUUAUCGCACAACGAAAGCGUUGAAAAAGUGAAUUUAUUAACCGAAUUCGUAAUGUCACAAAUUGAAGAGUUUAAGGAAAAAUAUUUAUAAACAAAAUCAAAAAUAAAACAUGAA